AUGCUUUUUCAGUAUUCCAUAUUUGAUUACAACAUCCCCAUACCCCAAGUGUUUAGCACGUUGAUGCAGGAUUUAAUUCGCAAUCAGAAAGGGCUGCGACCAUUGACGGUGUCUCCACGUCAGCAACCAUCGGAGUAUGGCUACUAUCAAAUUUACGGCUACGAUGUAUACAAGACUGAUGAGGGUCUCGUUCUAAUUGAUCUCAAGGCAGUUGAGGCAGAGAUCGGGAAAAAGUGCUUGUCCUCGACCGGUGUCCAUGGUCAUGUUCUUGUGCAAGCUCAAAAGGGGUUCUUGACGGGCGACGUUGCAAACAUUGGGCAAGUGCCUUCCACAGAAGCCCUUCUGCACAAUUGCCAUGACCUCGUUGAUUUCACUUCAAAAGAUCUGUACCGAGUAAGCACCUACAUCCGCGGCGAAGCUUUCGUAGGGUUCGUUCUGGGCGACGUGGUACGGGACGGAAACCAGCAGCGCAAAUUGAAGGCCACGAACAGCGAUGUACAAGACGUCUGGAAGAUCAUGCGCGGGGAUGCGAUAGAUUUUGAGUUCAAGACACGGCAGACCAUGUAA